AUGAACUUUCAAUUUCAAUAUCCCAACAAUUCCAAUUCUCAUUCAAGUUCGAUAAGAAACAAAUUGAAGCAACUAAAGAAUGAAUUGACAAAACAAUCAUCAACAAAUAAUAUUGCAACCACAACAACCAUCUCGGCCUCGUCAGCAACAACAACCACAUCCUUAGUCUCAACACCUGUAACAAACGCCUAUUCAUCUGUAUCCGCAACUUCAUCUCCUACCAUAAAAUCUAAACGUAGAUUUCUCAAAACAAGGAGGGCUAAUUCGUUACCUGCAGAAAUGGUAAUACCAAAGCAACAACAAGAACAGCAGCAACAGCGACAACAACAACAACAAGAACAGACCGAACAGCUUUUACUUUCUCCAAUGACAACUUCAACAACCUAUUUGCUUCAGGAAGAAGAAGAAAUCAAACCAAACAAUCAUAUGGCUCAAGAAGAGAAUCUUAUACCCCCAUUGCCUCCAAUUCAGAACGUAUCCUUCCAUUCACAUCAUCAGCAUAGAAGUUCCCAACAAUCAUCAAUUUACAGUACUUCCACCGAAGAUCAAAUUCUUACACAACACAACUUCUCAUCAUCUGUAUCAUCUGUAUCUACCAAUGGUGACGAAAUUGAAGCCGAAAAGUAUACGAAUGAGCUGAAGGAAAAUGAAUUAGAGUCAGAAAUAGAAGAGGAAGAGGUUGAUAAGUUGGCAAAUUCAAUACUAAAGGUGAUUAAAGUAGAUAAGGAUAUACAAUGGGGUAUUUAG